AUGAUGGCGUGAACCUACAAGCAUCUCUGCGUUUCAUGCUUUGCUUUCUUUUCCCAAUAUUCUCACAGUUUACAUUUCUUCCAAGCAAACACCAUGCAGCGACUAAUUCAGUACGUUACAGUGCGCAUAAUGGCUUCUCGCCCAGACAGAGACAUGAGUAAUCAUGAAAAGAUUCAUGAGUCAGAAGCCUCAUCUUCUACUCAAACCGACACCAUUCUUGAUCCAGCAACCGAAAAGGCUCUGGAACAGCAGCAAAAGUCUCAACCGCUUCCAUCAGACCCCAACGCUGGAACUACUCUACACCAAUUAGAGAAUGCCGCGUCCGAAAAGGUCGAGCUGACUGAGGAAGACUGCUACGACCAACUCGGCUAUGCCUUUCCCAGCUGGAAGAAAUGGAUGAUCAUUUCCGUAAUCUUUCUUGUCCAAACAUCAAUGAACUUUAAUACCAGUCUCUACUCCAACGCCCUCACCGGUAUAUCCGAAGAAUUUGGAGUCAGCAUGCAAGCUGCUCGGUGUGGUGCUAUGAUUUUCUUGGUUCUCUACGCCUUUGGUUGCGAGCUCUGGGCACCAUGGAGUGAGGAACUGGGCCGGAAGCCGAUUUUACAGCUCAGUCUGUUCCUUGUGAACAUUUGGCAACUCCCCGUUGCUCUCGCCCCCAAUUUUGCAUCUAUCAUGGUAGGACGUGCUCUGGGAGGUCUUAGCUCAGCUGGUGGCUCAGUUACUCUGGGUAUGAUCGCGGACCUUUGGGAAGCCGAUGACCAACAGUAUGCUGUCGCCUGCGUGGUAUUCUCUUCAGUGGGUGGCUCAGUGAUUGGACCAGUUGUUGGAGGAUUUGUGGAAGCAUAUCUGCCGUGGCGCUGGAACAUCUGGAUUCAGCUCAUAUUUGGGGGUUUCGUGCAGGUGGCGCACUUCCUUUUGGUCCCUGAGACCCGGACAACGAUUAUGAUGGACCGUAUCGCAAAGAAGCGAAGGGAAAGCGGCGAAGACCCCAAUAUUUAUGGACCGAACGAGCUGGUCCCUUUCAGGGACCGCUUCUCGAUGCACGAAGUCCUCAUCACCUGGAUCCGUCCCUUCAAGAUGUUCUUGACGGAACCGAUUGUCCUCACUCUAUCUCUGCUGAGUGGUUUCAGUGAUGCCCUGAUCUUCAUGUUCAUUCAGUCGUUCAGCCUUGUGUACGACCAGUGGGGUUUCGGCACCGUGGAGCUAGGCCUGUCGUUCCUUCCCAUUCUCGUGGGCUAUUUUAUCGCAUGGGGCGCUUUCAUACCCGUCAUUAGAAGAAACAUUGAGGAGCGGCGCAGGAAGCCUGACGAUGAGCGGGCUCAGUACGAAUCUCGACUUUGGUUCCUUCUUUAUACUGCACCCUGCUUGCCUAUUGGCUUGAUUGGUUUUGCGUGGACCAGUUUGGGACCCCCUGUCCAUUGGAUUGGAAGCAUGAUAUUCUCUGCCAUCGUCGGUAUUGCCAACUACAGCAUCUACAUGGCUACUAUCGAUUACAUGAUCUGCGCUUACGGACCGUACUCGGCUUCUGCAACGGGCGGCAACGGAUGGUCUCGAGAUUUCUUGGCUGGUGUUCUCACCAUCCCUGCCACACCCUUCUUUGAGAACAUUGGCGGGAAAUACCACCUGGAAUACGCGUCUACCAUCCUAUUCUGUAUCUCUUUCCUUCUGGUCAUUGCAGUAUACGUCAUCUACUGGUACGGACCAACACUCCGCAAGCGGUCGCCAUUUGCCCAGCAGCUGUCCGAUGCGAGAGUCGAGCUUCAGACUCACGGGCGACGGCUGUCUAAGAUUCCUUCCGGUUCAAGGGCAAAUUCCUUUGCACGCUCGCAACAGAAUCUGCGCAUUCGUCAUACGCUUGGGAGUCGUCCUGGCAGCUACAUAGCAUCCCGCCCAGCGUCGAACGUCAACUCCCGUGUCAACUCACGGAGAAACAGUCUUUCUCGCUGAGCUCUUAUGCCGAAUUCGUUACGCAUGCGACAUGAGCCGCUCGGAUACAUUUUUACGAUGUCACUGAGACGAUUAAUGAGCGUUGAUACCAAUCAUGGCCGAUGCCUUUGCAGGUCAUAAACGUUGUUUGCUUUACUCUUUACCAUCCACGGACCUGUCCCUUAUAUAUUCUGUCCGAAAACGGUUUGGCCUACAAUACCCAAUAGUAUAUGCGCAACAAUCAUUUUCAGUUCUAGGCAAGGCGCUGGCUCGGGAAGU